CCCGACUCGACUUCUGCUGCCGUUAAAGUAAAAUGGAAAGAGGCGCUCCAAAGGUCCGGGAGCUAAUCAUUUUACAUUCGGACAUUGAGCCCGAGUUCCUCUGCGUGUUAACUGGCUGCAUUGCGCGUCACCCUGUCCUUGAUCCGGGCGACGGGAGAGGGCGGCCUGUGGAGAAGGCUGCCUUUGAGAGGCACCAGAAGCUAUAUCGGGUCACACCCCUUCAAGGCAACCAACCCAUUGUGCCACAAGUUGUGCACCGGCGCAAGGAGCGUAUUGAGGAAUGGCUUAAAGCACACGCAACCAUCAAGCCCGCGGCCAAGCUCAUCAAGCAGGAGCAGCAGCCAGCAAUGCUGUCACCAGCUGAUGACCUGGGCUUCAGCAUGACCCAUGGGUCAGCUGGACUGCACAAGUCAAUCGCAUUGGAGUUCCAAGUCAAGCUCAUCAAGAAGCACUUUAUCUGCCCUCUCACAUGGUGCCUAAUUAUUGACCCUGUGAUGGCCAAGCAUAACCCAAACAUCUUGUUUGAGCGGGCAGCAAUUGAGGAGUACAUUGCAGAGGAGGGCUGCAACCCAGUCGAUG